CCAGCAGAUUCAACAGGAGAGUGUCAGUGUGUGCGGAGGCGUUCAACCCAGACGAUGACGAUGAGGACACGGAGCCCAGAGUGGUUCACCCAAAAACAGAUGAGCAGCGCUGCAGACUGCAGGAGGCCUGCCGAGACAUCCUCCUCUUCAAAACACUAGACCAGGAGCAAUUCUCGGAGGUGCUGGACGCCAUGUUUGAGUUGAGGGUUCAGCCCCAGGAGCACGUCAUCGACCAGGGAGACGAUGGAGACAACUUCUAUGUCAUAGAGAGGGGGGUGUAUGACAUCGUGGUAUUAGGAACAUGUGUGGGGCAGUAUGAUAAUAAGGGCAGCUUCGGGGAGCUGGCUCUCAUGUACAACACGCCACGUGCCGCCACCAUCAUCGCCACCCAGGAGGGGGCGCUAUGGGGACUGGACCGCGCCACAUUUCGUAGACUCAUUGUGAAGAACAACGCCAAGAAGAGGAGGAUGUAUGAGUCGUUCAUUGAGUCUGUGCCCUUACUCAAAUCACUGGAGGCGACAGAGAGGAUGAAGAUCGUGGAUGUAUUAGGAGCGAAGCAGUUCUCAGAUGGUGAACGCAUCAUCGCACAGGGAGACAGAGCUGAGUGCUUCUUUGUCGUAGAAUCUGGGGAGGUGAAGAUCAUGAUGAAGAGUAAAACGAAGGCGGAUCAUGCAGACAAUGCGGAAGUGGAGAUAACGCGCUGUAGCAGGGGUCAGUACUUUGGGGAGCUGGCCCUGGUCACUAACAAGCCCCGAGCUGCCUCAGCCUAUGCAGUCGGCAGCGUCAAGUGUUUGGUAAUAGACAUCCAGGCGUUCGAGCGCCUCCUGGGCUCCUGUAAGGAGAUCAUGAAGAGGAACAUCGCCCACUAUGAGGAGCAGCUGGUGGCUCUGUUCGGCUCCAGCAUGGACCUGAGAGACUGAGCCUCCCACAACACCUCCGUGCCUUCUACUACACACACACACACACACACACACACACACACACACACACACACACACACACAAAACCAUGCCCUCUCUCACAUCAUGCAGUGGCUAUACAGACUCAUAACAAGUUUUACACAGCCAUGCAAACACAUGACUCACACAGUAUGAACACACACACACACACACUGAUCCCUAUAUAGGCACUGAGAGAUACCCACUUCACUUAGUCUGCUCACCCUCGUGCACAUACUAGCUCAACACACUCCGUGAUAAGCUCACACACACACACACACACACACACACACACACACACACACACACAGCUAGCUAAGGCCACACGUGUUUGAGCCAGCUCCAACCUCUCAGUAUGAAUGUCUUUGCUGCAAUGACCUUACUACAGGUAAAGCAGUGUAAGGACAUUACACACAAACACACACACACACACACACACACACACACACACACACACACUCCUCAUGUUUAAAAACACAUCAUCAUGCUUCAUAUGUGCAGGCUUUGCAUUCACACAAGCACUUAAACAACUCAAGGUUGUUCCAACGAGCCUCAGCCAAGGACACAUCAACACACACACACACACACACACACACACACACACAAUCACACACACAGGGUACAGAUACAGACACACAUAGGCGACCACACUUGCAAAAACGGACACAUUGUGGUAAAAUGGAGAGAAAAACUUUAAAAAUCUCUGAAAAGGAAAACGAAUCAAAAAUGCAAAAAAAAAAAAAAGUUUAAAGAACAGAGAAGUUUUAGAAUCGUUUUAUGAAGAUAAAAACAGAAGCUUUGAUAAAACAUUAUUUAAAUAAAAAAAAGUGUUUCCUCUUCAGGAGGCUGGGGUGCAGACCUUUGUGAGCGCGCUCCGUUUCUUCCUCUACUGUUGUUGAUUGAGUUGAAUUGAGUUAGUGCUGGUGAUCAUUGCAGUACCACAGAAGAAGCAGUGAAAACAAUAACAACCCUACGUUUUCUGGGCCAUUGUUAUUCUGUCAUUGACGCCACACUUCAUUGUAUUGAAUUAAUUAUUAAUGUAUUGUUAUUAUAUAUUCAUUUAUUAUUUUUGUUUUGCUUUGACCAAUCCUGAUAAAUUUACCAUCCAUCUCUGACAAAAUGUAAAAACAGAAAAAAUUCUAAUAAAAACAAUAGUGCUUAUUUCUCCUUGAUUAUCCUUGAAUGAGUUGUCCUGGAUAAAAAACUGAAAAAAUAAAGCAAACAUUUUGUUAA